UUGCCAAAAAAAGAAAGGGGUUGUAGAUUGGGUUGAUGUCCUCCUUUCCUUUUUCAUUUUAUUCCAUCUUUUUAUAUUACCUCAAAUAUACCUCAUAGGGUUCUCUCUUAUAGACUUUGAAACCUAAAAAGGGAAAGAAGCAAGUAGGGCAAAUCCAUCAAUUUUCUGUUGAUCUUCCUCCUCCCCCUUGGUCAUCUUUCUCCUCAAAUUUUUCCCUAGGGUUUCUGGGAUUUCUCCAUUUCACAUAUAUCUAUCUUGGAUUUUGCUGAGAAUAUGGUUAGGGGGAAGACUCAGAUGAAGCGCAUAGAGAAUGCGGCGAGCAGACAAGUGACCUUCUCCAAGAGAAGGAAUGGGCUGCUGAAGAAAGCCUUUGAGCUCUCAGUUCUAUGUGAUGCUGAAGUUGCACUUAUUAUUUUCUCCACAAGAGGGAAGCUCUAUGAGUUUUCGAGCUCAAGUAUCAGCAACACAUUAGACCGUUAUCAAAAGAGAGUGCAGGAUCAAGGCCUCGGCAGUAAAGCAGUUCAAGUUGAUAUGGAGCAUGGGAAGGAUGACACUUGUAGCAUGGCGAAGAAGAUUGAUUUUAUUGAAGCUUCUAAACAGAAGCUCUUAGGUAAUUGUUUGGAAUCAUGUUCAAUAGAGGAACUGCAGCAGACAGAGAACCAAUUGGAGCGAAGCUUAAGCAAAAUUAGGGCUAGAAAGACUCAGUUAUUGAGGGAGCAGAUAGAGAAGCUGAAGGAAGAGGAGAAAAACCUAUUUGAACAAAAUGCUAAGCUACGGGAAAAGUGUGGCAUGCAACCGCUUGGUCCUCCAAGCAAAAUAAAAGAUGGAGAGAAUCGUGCAGUGUGCCAGCCCCAGACACCAGAUAUGGAGGAUGUGGAGACUGAAUUGGUGAUUGGGCCACCUGAAAGACGAAGUGGCCAAAACCUAUAGAAUCAUCUCAAUACCAGUAUUGGUGAUAAUAAAAGUUUACAGCUUCAAAAACCCGCAACUGCAGCUGCAAAGCUUCCUGACGGUCGCACAAGAUUUUGGUGUGCACCAGAAAUAAUUGUGAAGCUAAACAGUUCAAUAUAUAAUGUAUAGAUCAUAAUAUUUAAAGCUAAAUGCAGAAUACAAUUAAAUGUGUGAUUAUUAUUUUUCUUGAAGUUCUGCUUGCAGUUUAAUUGGAACAACAUAUGACUCUCUGAUUGUAUUUCAUGGAAGUUAAAUUGAUCUUCUAUAAAGUUAAUUUUGCUUUCUAGCA